AUGCCAUUGUUGGAGACACUGCGUGUUGAUGGAAGCUUAUUGGUUGAUGGAAGGGUCAGUCUAAAGUCCAGCCAAUCUCUCAAGAAACUGGUUAUUCGCGAAUGUGAGAAUGUCAUUCCAGCCAAUAUCAUCCCAUCCACUGUUGAAAAGGUUACAAUACAUAAUUAUGCAGAGAGGAUAAAUAUACUUGAACAAGUUGUAUUCCCGCCGUCACUGACUCACCUAACCGUCUCUGGAGACUGUAAGAAUCCAAUCAAACUCCCUCAAUCACUCGUUAAACUAAAGAUGAAUGAAUUUACUUCAAAAUCAGGUUCAGUAUUUAGAUUAGAUGAAGGGAUCAACCAUACCAAUGUUAGAGAUUUAUCAAUCAUUAUUGAAAAUGGGACCAAUCAACCUCCCACAACCUAUCAAUUUUCAAUUCAAAGAUUGGACGCAGACAAUAGAAAUGUAUUGGUGUUGGAGAAACAGACAAUGACAGGUGGAAUCAUCACUCAACGAAAACAAGAACAUGAGUCGGAAUAUGAUCCUAUCAAUUUACGUUAUACCGGUUCAAAUUCUACAUUUGAAUUGAAAUGGUUUUUAACCUACUACCAAGAUUAUGACGGUGUAGGAUCUUAA